AUGGCCGUGCUGGAGCCGCUUGUUCAGCACAUCGCUGUGGGCGAAUGCGACGCGCGGGCCCCGCCCGGGCCGUUGCGCUGGCGCAUCAAUCUAGCGGGCUACGGCAGCCGCUCCGGCCAGCGAGGCUGUGUGAGACGGUCCGUGACCACGGAUUGGAUUGGAUUCACAGUCCAGAACCCCGAGAAUCCACGCGCCAAGGGAGAGAUUGUCCGAAAAGUGCGCAGCAAUAACACUGAUGGUAUUUUCAAGGGUCCACUACAGAGGUACAUUCGUAAGAAGGUGGCACGGGUAUGCCGCAACUGUGGUGGCAAUUCGCCCCGUUGCGGUCCGUUCAAGCGUUCGCGGAUUGUGUCCGUUAUCGACGAACAACCUCGUGCAGGUGGUAACCUGACUCGCCGACUCAAGGAUGCAGCUUUGCAACCCAAGGACGCCAUCCUCGCCAUCGGGACAGUGGCUCCCAGGGAACAGUUGGGAGCUCGUCGAAGCCAGGAAAGAAACCAUUGGCAGACCAAUCCAUAUGGUGGAGGCAUCGCGGAAAUGCAAUACGUUGAGGAAGGUCCGCUAUAGCAGCCCAAAACCAUGGCUGGCGUUUGUGAAGCCACUAGGUGGCUCGUUGCCUCAGCUCCUCAGUU